AUGUAUGGAUGGAUGGAUGUAGUCAAGGUGCCUUUCAGCAUCGUGUUCAUGAAGAUCCCAGAAGAGGAACCACUUCGUCUGGAACGACCCGAAAGCAAGACCCCACCACUCAUCACAUCAGCAAGCACUUUUAUUUUUUCCUUGAUGUGCCAGAGCGUACUAGCGCUGCGGGAGAGCAAUUCUAUACGGCAGCAUUGCAAGUAUGGAUGCCAUGGCCGCAAAAGCCCAACCAGUCUCACCAUGUGA